AUGUACGCCCCCGGAGGCACAGGGUGGCCCGGUGGGCGCCGGCGGAGGAGCCCGGGAGGCAGCGCUCUGCCCAAGCAGCCGGAGCGCAGCCUGGCCUCGGCCCUGCCUGGCGCCCUGUCCAUCACGGCGCUGUGCACUGCCCUCGCCGAGCCCGCCUGGUUGCCCAUCCACGGAGGCACCUGUUCCUGCCAGGAGCUGGAGGUCUCCGACGUGUUGGGCUGUGUGCACCCGGACCUGCUGAAAGGUUUCUGCGUGAAUCCCCAGACAGUGCUGCUCCUGCGGGUCAUCCUGUGUUGUCUCUCCGCUUUCCUUCUGGAUGUCUUUGGUCCCAAGCAUCCCGCUCUGAAUAUCACCCGUCGCUAUGCCUUCGCCCAUAUCCUCACUGUUCUGCAGUGUGCCACUGUCAUUGGCUUUUCUUAUUGGGCUUCUGAACUCAUCCUGGCCCAGCAGCAGCAGCAUAAGUACCAUGGAUCCCAGGUCUAUGUCACCUUCACUGUUAGCUUCUACCUCGUGGUGGGAGCUGGUGGAGCCUCAAUCCUGGUGACGGCAGCCAACCUCCUUUGCCACUACCCCACAGAGGAAGAGGAGCAGACGCUGGAGCUGCUCUCUGAGAUGGAGAACGAGCCCUACCCGGCAGAAUAUGAGGUCAUCAACCAGUUCCAGCCACCUCCUGCCUACACAGCCUAAUGCCAGCCUUGGGCUCUUCCUCGGCAGCCCUUCCCCCAACUCUGCAACUCCUCUCGCACCCAGAGGAGCUCCUUUCCCCAGCAGGCCUCCCUGGUAGGAUCCUGACCAUGUUCUCCAAACCUUCCCCAGGAGAGACUCUGCCUUUAGGGUUAUGCGAGUAUCGCUGCUCUCAGAACUGGGGGGUCCACUGUUUUUCUAUAAUGCAUUGUUUCCCUCCUGCGGCAUCCUGCUCCCUGCACGUUCACGAGUCAUUAGCAGCCAGGGAAGGUCAUCCAAGUUUCCCCCAGGAUGGACCAUAUCUUUGGGACCGAGACUUUCCUUGGAGAGCUGCUGAGAGUGGGCAGUCCCAGGAAGAAGCGUCAGAGGCCAAGGGAAAGGGGACUGUGGCCUGCAGGCUCCCAUCACCGGGAUCAGUGUUUGUUUCACAGCUGUGGCUCUGGGCUGAUGUCCCCCAGCCCUCUACCUUCUCGAAGUGACCCACCCCCAGGCCACCUGCUCCAGGGAGUUCUGUGCACUUUACUCUUUGGACUCCUCCUCACGUGUGCCCUGGUUUUGCGGGGAGAGGGAAUUGCUGUUGGGAAGGCAGAGCAGUUGCUACCCUCCCUGGCCUUGCUUUGUGUGACUACAGCCCAGACAAGGAGAGCAGGAGCCAGCAUGAAACUGAGGCCUCCUGGUGCCUACCAAAGACGAAAGUAAAGGGGACUACGUGUCCCAGCCCUUUCACCUUUUAAAUGUGAGUGGUUUUAAAAGGAAAAAA